AUGACGAGUGCAGACGGCAAGACCGACGGCAAGCGCGGCGCGUCCACCACAGAGGCGGCCUUCGCCGGCGCCGUGUCUGGAGGCGCCACGCGGUUGCUGGCCGCGCCGCUGGACCUCAUCAAGAUCCGCUUCCAGGUGCAGCCCGCGCCCAUCGCCAACGGCCACGCCGAAGCCAAGUACGCCGGACUGCUGCAGGCGGUGCGCAGCAUCUACGCCGAGGAAGGUCUGCGCAGCUUCUGGCGGGGCAACCUGGCCGCCUCCGGGCUCUGGAUCGGCUACUCGGCGCUGCAGUUCGGCAGCUACCGCGUGCUGACCCGAUGCUGGGAGCGAGACGGAGAUAGCGCAGCCGUCCCGUCGGCGGUCAUCAGCGCCACCAAUGGCGCGGUGGCGGGCGUCACCGCGACAUUCAUCACGUACCCGCUGGACCUGUUCCGGACGGCGUUUGCCGGCCAGGGAAUGCCCAAGCGCUUCCCGACCAUGCACAGCUUGGCGAUGCACAUGUGGACCACUCAGGGCGUGCGAGGCUUCUAUAGUGGACUGGGCGCUACGAUCUUCCAGAUCGCACCGUACAUGGGUUUGAGCUUUGGUAUUUACUCAAGCUUGAACGAAGUGGCGGUGAAGUACCGCAACGAGCAAGAAGAGGGCGACCCAGACGCGUGGAUGUCGCUGUCGAAGGCCCUUUCGUACGUCGGGAGCGGUGCUGUUGCUGGACUGGUGUCGAAGCUGGCGGUGUAUCCUUUCGAUACAGUCAAGAAACGCAUGCAGAUGCGCCACGUGCCUCGCUGUCAAACGUAUGGUGUCAUCCCGGUUUACUCCUCCAGCUGGGCGUGCUUCCUUGACGUACUGCGGCAGGAGGGUAUCCGCGGACUAUACAAGGGCACUGUGCCAAGUCUGCUGAAGUCCGUGGUUGCUGCCAGCUCCACGUUCGCGACCUACGAGCUCACGCUAGAGGUGCUGCGGCAUUUGUCGAUGCACGAUGACCGAGAGGAGUGGGCUGAGAUGAAGACGCUCGACAGAGAGUGA